UUGAGAAAUCUAUAUUGUUUACUGUUCUGCAAGAUUGUAUUUUACUAUUGAAUAAUACUGGAGACCCUAUAGAGCACCUUUGGGUGGAAUGGGGCCUGUAAACCCAAUAAAGAAAGAAUAAAACCGUAAAACUCUUGGUCUCGGUCUGGGGCGGAGGUCGUCGUCUGCUGCCGUGUUUACAAACUGACGAAGACGACGAAGAAGAGGGCGAGGAGGAGGAGGACCAGAAGACCCAAAGAAGAGGAGGAGGAAGGCCGACCAAGAAGACUCUGAGCAAACUCGAGAGAACAAUGCUGCAGCGGCGAGACAUCGACAGUGUGGGCAGUGACGAGGCAGUCAUCGCCACCAACGAUGACGCCAGCUCCUGCAAGCGGUGUGCCGUGGCGCUGGGCUACUGGCGGGACCGUUACAUCAACUACUUCGUCAGGGCCACCGACCGUAAGGCCCCGGAGAUCAACCGCGGCUACUUCGCCCGUGCCGUGGCCAUCAAGAUGCUCGUCGACAAGUUCAUUGAGGUGACAAACGGCAAUUGUCAGAUUGUGAACAUUGGCGCCGGGUUUGACACACUGUACUGGAGGCUGGUGGACGAGGGCAAGAGUGUGAAGGGCUUCGUGGAGUUUGACUUCCCCGGCGUCACCUCCCGGAAGUGUCUCUACAUCCAGCGCACAAAACAGCUCCUGCAGGCCGUCAGUGAUGAAGACUAUGAUGUGAAGCUGAACCGCAAUAACCUCCAUGGACACACCUACAAGCUGACCGGGGUGGACCUGCGCAACCUGACAGAUGUGGAGGCUAAGGUGAAGGAGUCUGACCUGGAGUACUCCCUCCCCACGCUGUUCCUGGCCGAGUGUGUCCUCGUCUACAUCUCCAUACAGAAGUCCUCACAGCUCCUCAAAUGGAUUGCCGAGAAGUUCAAAUCGGCGCUCUUCAUUAACUAUGAGAUGGUCAACCUUGGGGACCGGUUUGGGGAGGUCAUGCUGAGUAACCUCCGCUCCCGAGGCUGCGACCUGGCAGGCUCCGAGGCUUGCCAGAGCACCGAGACACAACGCAGGAGGUUCCUGGACAAUGGCUGGGCAGGCGCUGACUCAUACGACAUGGUUGGCGUUUGGUCACGACUUCCGCCGGAGGAGAUCGCUCGGGUCACACAAAUUGAGCUUCUGGACGAGCAAGAGUUACUUCACCAGCUGUUCACGCACUACGCCAUCACCACCGCCUGGACGGACCACCGCUGGUCGGAGGUGCAGCUGUAGCGAGAGUGUGAGCUCAGCCUACCCAGGAAACCUCUGAAGAGUUCUUUGUUUGUUGUGUUUGGCCUGAGCCUGAUGUGUGUCUCCCCCUGAAGAGGCACACACCCCUGGCUCAGCCCUGCCUGGCCUGCCUGCUCCCUCCCUCGCCUGCCUUGUAAGCUGCAUGCACCUCAGACACCACCACCAGAACAGCAGCAUUGCCACCACCACAAGCAACCCUUUAGUCUUAGGCCAAUAUUAUAAGACACUUUCGCUUCUCACAUCAACUAUUUCUAAAGGUCAAAGAGGGGAUCAAUUGGUUUCUAAUGAGUGUUUCUUUAGGCUCAUGCUACUGAGGGUCAAACUACCACCAGGGUCAUAUAACUGCUCCUAGAAAUGCCCACAACUCCUAUGAAAGCCUUGUCAAAUAUGUGUUCUUGGGCAACGAAAUGUCUUAUGAUACGACCCUUAGACAUGUGCAUUAGGCUCCAGAGUUCCAUGUGACACUGGAUGGUCAUGAGCAGCCCACCCGAUGGCCUCAUACAGUUGCAAUAAGUUAAUACUCAAAAGCAUGAGAUGUAAUGACUUGGCUGUGUGAGGGCCCAGCUGUGCACUUGCUGGCCAUGUCUUACACCUCAGGCAACGAUGGCUUCCUGCAGCCUUUAUAGGAAAGUCAAGUAAAAUUAUAUAGAUCCCAGUACGAGAGGCAGCUAAGAGAAAGGAUUCACAGAGGAAGGCAGCUGAGACAAGAGUUGUAACCAGGUUGUGAGGGACAGUGCACAGAUGUGUUGUUCUGUUGUUACACUUUUCAAAUUGAGUCGCCACGAGCUAGCUAGGGUUGAGGCCCAUUACUUAAUCUGUUUCAAUGCAUUCCAACACAGGCCGGAUGAAGGGAGGUCUCUCUUGUGGGUGGCGGCAUGGUCACGGGGCUUCCUCCUCCACACCCUUACCGUAGUGCUCACCCAUGGCGUACAUUGUAAUUAGUUCUCGGUCCUCCCUGUCCUGUAUAUUUUAACUGACGCAAUCUCAGUUCUUAUGCAGCUCCCUUGAGGCACGCUGAGGGCAGGUUGUUGCUGGCACUCCCGGUCGGCAGGAGACAAUAAUGAUAUACACUAAAAAUAUAAGAAUUCUAAAGUCUUCAAGUGAUAUACAUAUAAAUAUAUAAAUAUAUAGUAUAUAUAAAAAAGUAUAGCCUGUAUGGAGCUUUGUUAUUCUUGUGGAUAAAGCUAACUGUUUAUUUUUACUACAGAAAAUUAUUUCCACGACUGUCGGAUAAUUCUUUGUAUUUAUUCGUUGCUUGUAGGCGUGACGUGGUGGGGCGGCGUGCGAGUGUGUCCGCCCGCCACCGCUUAUUACGAAGACGACUCGCUGUACUUGGGAUUUAUGUGUCUUAUGUGUCUACGAUUAUAACCCCCGGUGUCUUCAGUGUCACUCUCAAUGCCGUUCUUUUGUUGGAAGUUGGGUGAAGGGAAACUGUACCAUAUGUAGGUGUUUGUGGAUAUAUAAGUUAUCACCAGGCUUUGUGAUAUACUCCCUUUAUCUUUGUGGAGUCGGGCAACUGCUUCUUUCUUAUCACACAAUGUCUUAAAGAUAUUAUUUCAUUGUAAGGAUGACACGUGGGCCACAGUACUUCCAUAACCCUCAAAGCUGAUAAGGCCUGUAUCGGUUCCAGUGUGCAUCCUGUAUUGGUUCCAGUUUGUCUCAUAUCAGUUCCAGUUUAUCUUGUAUUGGUUCCUGUUUGUCUCGUAUUGGUUCCAGUUUGUCUUGUAUUGGUUCCAGUUUAUCUUGUAUUGGUUCCUGUUUGCCUUGUAUUGGUUCCAGUUUCUCUUAUUGGUUCCAGUUUGUCUUACAUUGGUUCCAGUUUGUCUCGCAUUGGUUUCAGUUUGUCUCGUAUUGGUUCCAAUUUGUCUGCUUCCAGUGCCAUCAUAUUGGUUCCAGUGCGCCAGUGUCCUGUAUUGGUUCCAGUGUGGCUUGUAUCGGUUCCAUUGUGUUCAUCUUGUUGCCCCUCCUCAUCUCUGUAUACUCAGCCCAUGUCUUAUGUUGUGACCUUUCCUCAGUACCCUUAUGAGCUGUUGUGCUGUUGUCAGGAAGCAAUGCCUCCCCCCGUUGUGAAAGUAGAGGCUGGUAGUGAUGUACGCUGCUGCACCACACAUUACACGCUGGCUUUCCGUGCAGAGACGAUUGAUUCUCUGCUCUCAGUAAUAAGCAAUUGAAAUAUUCUGUGGCAAUCUUCCAAGUUACUUAAGUAUAUCUCAUGUCUGGCCCCCCAUUGAAUGCAUUGAGUGGUUCUGGUGUUGAUCUUUGCUCUAACUAAAGUGCAUAGUUCUGCUUCUCCAGUAUGUCAGGUUGGGUCCCCUGCUAUUCAUCAUGCUCAUCAAUGUGUUAGCGUCUCAUGCAAUCUCAUCUAAUGUACCGACUUGUCAAAUUGCUUCCAUGGAUACAUUUUCUAGCACCUGAGUUAAAUUGGUUUGGCUUAGGAGGAAGAACAUUGACUGAUACACAUGAUGGGUGACCUCAAGACCUCCUCAAUGCUAGGUCAUAAGCGUUCCAUACAGCAUCGACCUUCACCAGACUACCACGAUAAUCACUACUAUUCAAUGUCUUGGUGGAUUUUAAUGUGGUCAACCCCAAUGCCAGAUAUGCAUCCCCUCCCCUUUCCCUUGCCCUUCAAUAACACACCCUUGUACUUGUUUCAUAUUGUUUUGUAUGACCCAGGAUAAAGCAUUAUGGAUGUUUGUUGAAAUAAAAGUUCUUGAAAGUU